UUGACCUGUUCGGCUAACGAGACACAGCUGCUUAACACGGAAGUGUCCAACUUUAAACCAAUCAGACAAGAGAGUGGGUGUGGCUCCGACUGCGCUCGACACGAAACGUCGACUUAAUACAGAAACAACAAACAACAACAACAAACAACAACAAUGACAUGAAACCCUGACGACGAGGGAGCGAGUGUGAUGAGUGUUUCCAUGUGUGUGUGAUUGUGUGUCUAUAUGUGUGUGUGUUUCCAUAUGUGUGUGUGUUCGUGUGUGUGUACAGUACAAGUGUGAAAUUGUGUGUCCAUAUAUGUGUGUGAUUGUGUGUCGAUAUGUGUGUGUGUUGCCAUAUGUGUGUGUGUUCGUGUGUUUGUACAAGUGUGAAAUUGUGUGUCCAUAUAUGUGUGUGAUUGUGUGUCCAUAUGUGUGUGUGUUGCCAUAUGUGUGUGUGUUCGUGUGUGUGUACAAGUGUGAAAUUGUGUGUCCAUAUAUGUGUGUGAUUGUGUGUCCAUAUGUGUGUGUGUUGCCAUAUGUGUGUGUGUUCGUGUGUGUGUACAAGUGUGAAAUUGUGUGUCCAUAUAUGUGUUCUGUGUUUGUGUAUGUGUGUGUGUGUGUACUAGUGUGUGAAUGUGUUUGUGAUCGUGUGUCCAUGUGUGUGUGUGUGCUAGUGUGUGAAUGUGUGUGUAUCAGUGUCUGUGUGUGUACAAGUGUGUCCUAAGUGUGUUAUGUCUUUAUUAACCACACAACUGACUUUGAUUUGACUGAAGCUGUGAGUGAUGAUGUGACCAUAACAAAACUUAUAAAUCUUUUUAAAAAAGCUAUCACUUAAUAUAGUGAUACAAAAGGAUGGAAGAAUGUGUGUGAGGAAUAUAAAGGUUACACAAAAUAUCUAAAUAUUGAACAUUCAAUUCAAAGAUUUAUUUGCUUAUAACCAGAAUUUAACUUAAAAUGUUAAAAUGACUCCAAAGUAAAUCUCUACUUCUUCAACCUGCUCAGACAUUAACGCUCAAACGUUGCUGGAGUCACUUCUUCUGUCACAUGAGAGCGAGCGAGCGAGAGGGAGGAGCCAUGAAGCCGUCUGUGGUCGCCGUGUGAACACCAUGUUUUCUUUUCGACAUCAGAAAACUGUCAAAAUUGUUUUGCUUUUCAGCUUUUUUACAGAGUAAAUGACCAAACGAAUAUUUAACAGUAAAAAUCUUUGUUAAAGUUAUUGUUGCAGCUGCAGGUUGAAAAAUGAAAUAAUAAUAAUAUAAUAGUAGUGAUAGAAGUUUUCAGUCAGGAGGUCACGGCUCAAGUGAUGAAUUCCAACGAGGUGUGAAGCUGAUGCAUCACUUCCUGCUCGCUCAGGCCGUGUCAGAUAUAGGAACCGGUCCGGUCCGGUUUUGGUUGGAUUAAGUUUCACCCUCAUGUCAACAAACACACUCAGCGGAUCCUCCUCCGUCGUUCUGCUGCUCGACCAUGUGACGCUCAGUGAAGUGAAGACCAGGACCAAGGCUGAAGAAGCAACGGAACCUGGUUCCUAGUCUGCUUCCAUUCAUGUCCUAUCUGCGAACACGGAGGAGGUGUCAGAGCGAUGCCUGAAGGAUCCGUCCUCGUCUCGUCUGACGUCUCCAUGUCUGAAGAGUCGCCCCGCCUCUCUACCGCCUCUAUCAGCAGUAAUGAGCGGGCGCCAUCGACCACGCCCUCUGACUCGGACCUGCCUGUGUCGGACCCUCGCCCUGUGAGCCUGGUCUCCACGCUGUCCUCAGGAUCCAGAGACGACAGCCUCGCCCCGCCGCCGUCCAGCCACGCCUCCGACCACGACGUCAGCCCAGACCUGAGCCACGCAGGACACGGUGGCGAGGAGUCGAGGCCACGCCCACCCUGUCACAGUAAGGGGUGGAGCCUCGGCCUCACCCGGAACAACAACAACAAAGAGUUGACGGCGAGUCGGGCCUCAAGGGGCCGGCAGCAGCCGGCGCCGCUGAUGACCGGCAGCAUGACCCCGAACCCUGAGCUGAGCUACCUGGACCGGGUCGUCAUGGAGAUCAUCGAGACGGAGAGGACGUACGUCAGAGACCUGCGCAUGAUCGUAGAGGAUUACCUGGCUCACAUCAUCGACUGCUCUGGUCUGUCCAUUCGUCCCGAGCAGGUUUGCUCUCUGUUCGGAAACAUCGAGGACAUUUACGAGUUCAACAGCGAGCUGCUGCAGGCUCUUGACCUGUGUGACCACGACCCGGUGGCGGUCGCCCGCUGCUUCGUCAUGAAGAGCGAGUACUUUGAGAUCUACACUCAGUACUGCACCAACUACCCCAAUUCGGUGGCAGCGCUCACUGAUUGCAUGCGGAUUAAAUCUCUGGCAAAGUUUUUCCGGGAGCGUCAGGCGCAGCUGAAGCGUUCGCUGCCUUUGGGUUCUUACCUGCUCAAACCGGUUCAGAGGAUCCUCAAGUACCACCUGCUGCUCCAGGAGAUAGCGAAGCACUUUGACCCUGAGGAGGAGGGGUAUGAGGUGGUGGAGGAGGCGAUCUACACGAUGACGGGCGUGGCCUGGUACAUCAACGACAUGAAGAGGAAACACGAACAUGCCGUCCGGCUGCAGGAGGUUCAGUCUCUGCUGUUGAACUGGAAAGGUCCUGACCUCACCACGUACGGAGAACUGGUUCUGGAGGGAACCUUCAAAGUUCAUCGAGCCAAGAACGAGAGAACCCUGUUCCUGUUUGAUCGCGUGCUGCUAAUCACCAAACGCCGCGGAGAACACUACGUCUACAAAACGCACAUCUCAUGUUCCACUCUGAUGUUGAUCGAAAACGCCAAAGAUUCUCUGAGCUUCAGCGUCACUCAUUACAAACAUCCCAAGCAACCGCACACCGUCCAGGCGAAGACGGUGGAGGAGAAGAAGCUGUGGGCUCAUCACAUCAAACGCAUCAUCCUGGAGAACCAUCACGCCAUCAUCCCACAGAAGGCUAAAGACGCCAUCUUGGAAAUGGAUUCCAUCUAUCCUCCCAGAUAUCGCUACAGCCCCGAGCGGCGCAAGAAAGCUGCGUCCUCUCAGUGUGAAGACGGUUGCCGGGGACGACAACCGAACAAUCAGGUCCUGAAACCAGUCGUCAGAGACAUCUUUCAGGACAGCGGCGGCGACGUCUCAUCACUCGACUUGAACAAAGACAAAGAACGACUUCUUGAGAAAGGAGCUGAAGCCACGUCUGAGCAGCUGUCCACCGAUGAGCUGCUGCAGGAACAGACGUCAGAAUCUGGACCGACAGAAAACGCUGAACCAGACUUUCCGGAUCUGGAGCCUCCUGCGAUCUCAGUGUCUCCUCAAAGUUCAGAAGAACUGAAACCUGAAGGAGAUCCAGCCCCCACAGAGGAACCGCUGUCCGCCACGCCAGAUUCAGAUUCAAGAACCUUGAGCAGUGCGGAAUCAUCUGAAGAAGAGGAGGAUGACAAGAAGGCGUCAGAGAAAGAGGAUGAAGCCACAAGUAUUCUUCCAUCUUCUGUUCUGGACAAAGCCAGCUCCAUCGCUCAGCACUUCACCAACAGCAUCAAGCGAGGCAGUGCAACUCCAGACAAAGCCCGCUCCUUCGGCUUGGCUUCUCCACGGUCACCGAGCAGAACCAGCAGCAGAACCAGCAGCAGCCUCAGUGCAGAACCCACCGACCAACCGAGGCUCAGCAGCGUCUGUUCUGAUGCAACAGAUUUGACUCAGUUAUCUCCUCAGGACGACAGCCUUUUUGACGCCGAUAGAAGCAUUCAGCGGAGUCGGGACUCCAUCCUGUCCAAACAGGACCAGCUGCUCAUUGGCAAAAUCAAGAGUUACUAUGAAUAUGCAGAGAGCCAGGACGCCACCUUCAGCCUCCAGCGCAGAGAGAGUCUGACCUACAUCCCAACUGGGCUUGUCAGGAGCUCGGUCAGCCGCCUUGACAGCGUCCCGAAGGAUAACCAGGUCCAGACCAAUCCCUCCCCCCUGACCACAUGCUCCGGUCUGGAGCCCUCGUCAGUGGAGCUACAGUCCACCUCACCAGCAGACACCAGCAGUCGCUUGGUUUCCAGUGACUCUUUAGACUCUUUCAAGUCUGAUCAGAGAAGCUCAGAUCCAGGAGAUUCAGAAGAAAGCCUCAGAUAUCAGAGCCUGCAGAAGAAUCCAUCUGAGGGUGAGGAGUUCAGACCCUCCUCUGAAAUGAUCAAGAUCUGGAAGGCGAUGGAGCAAGAGAUCAGCAGAUCCCACAGCGAAGCUCCGAGAACCUCCAGAGCAACCGAGGCUGUGACAAAGAUCCCGAACACCUGUGAGCGAGAGAGUGGAGUGUCUGACCUCCGCACCAUCCCAGAAGAACUGACCAGCCCUUCAACCCCCAAGCAAAAACCCUCCGACGUGACAUGUACAGGAAGUCUGAAGGUCUUUAGGGAAGAGGCUGUCGUCCUCAGGGCUCCAGGUCUGCGAGUCACUCAACUGAGGGACUCAAGCAAAGACACGGACAACAUGAAGAGCAAAGUCCAGCACCUGGCUCGCCAGUACAGCCAGCGAAUCAAAACCACCAAGCCCGAGUUGCGCCAGCCAAGCCAGGGCGUCUCGAUCAGUAAGAAGAGUUUGCCCUGCGUGCUGGAGGAGACGGAGGGUUCAGGUAAAUCAGACCUGACCCUGGCGCUGGUUUCUCAGCUUAAGGCUUCUUCUGUAGAGCUGAGCCCCACCGACCAGAUCCAGCCUCCGACCUCCAUCCUCACCUCCAGCUCCGGUAUGGCCUCCAUGGGUCCAGCUCCCUCCAGCAGCCCCCUGACUCCUCCCAUCGAGGGCUUUAACUGGCCUGACGUCCGAGAGCUCCGCUCCAAAUACUCUGACCAGAAGAGUCCCGUAGGCCGGAGUCACUCCACCACAGAGCAGAUGUUUGACGGGGGUGUGAGGAGACGCUCCAGCUGCUCCUCCAGUCCCUUCUUCGCCGAAGGAGCUUCUGGCGAGGGUCGUUCAUACAGGACUCGCCGCAGCCAGGACGCCAGACGGCGAGAACGCAGCAAACGGCUUCACCGAGCCAAAUCGCUCGACCCUCAACUGAGCGGACUUCAAAUGUCUGAGCUUCAGAACCUGAACGACCAGGAGAACGAAGCCGAGUACGACGGUUACUUUGUCGCAGCUGAGACCACGUUACCCAACGACUCCGAACACAAGAUCACUGUCAUGGAGAAACUUCCAGAGCCUGAGUCCCAAGAGACGGCCUCCAUAUCCAAAGAAGAAGAAGAAGAAAAUUACGUUCAGAUCCGUUCACCAACCAGCAGGGAGAAGAUCUCCAUCAUGGCCGUGAUCGACCGCUGCCGAGCCUAUCAGGAAUCAGACGAAUACAAACAGAGAGACGAGGCUAAAAGUAAAACUCUGAAGCCUCAAGAGCUCGACAAGUCUUUGACCAAUCAGGACGAAGAGUCCAAGACAACAAACGCAGGACAGAAGACGGAAGUUGGACAUCAGAGCAUCGUGAAGAACCUGAGAGAAAAGUUCCAGAGUCUGAGCUGAAGAACAUUUUUAUAAUAGAGACGUUGAAUCAGCGAGGAACCCAAAGAACGUUUGUGUUUAAUUCUUGUACUAGUGAACAGAUGAUGACAUGACUUUAUUAUUAUUAUUAUGAAUUAGAAAACCAUGAGAUCGUGAUCAUUAUAACUCAAACUAAUUUGCCCCAAAAAUCUCUGGUGCUGUAAACACAACAGAUUGUUUGUUUUGUUGAAUGUUUAGAAACAUGUAAGAUAGAAAACGUCUUCAAUCAGGAAUGCUGCUGGAUGUUUUGUGUAUUUUCCUCUUCACACACAUUAAGAAUCAUCACUACACUGUAAAAGCUUCAUAUGUGACAGUUACAGAUGUUUUUUUACUGUAAAAAAAUUAAGCUAAAAAAUAACCACUACAUUUCCACGUCACUUUGUUCAGUCACACGUCUGAAGCAUCACAGAUGUGAUGUUCCCUCAGUGCGUCAGGACAGCUUAGCUUAGCUUAGCUUAGCUUAGCUUAGCUUAGCUUAGCUUAGCUUAGCUUAGCUUAGCUUAGCACGAAGUCGACGCAGGAGCAAAGCUUCAGGUGUGUUUGUGUGACAUCACGUCAGAUUUUUAUUCAACAUACAUAAAUUCACACGUUCAUUUUCCUUGAACGUUUCCUUGUUUUUCUUUUUGAUGAAACUUUAUGUAAAAACACAAACUGUCUGAGGUUCGACGAACAGAGAAAACCUGCUUCAUCAAGAGAGCAAUGAAAAUAACAAUCAAUAAUCAUUUAACUGUUUUUUAAAAUAACUUAACUUCUCUUAGCAGAUUUUAUAAGUAAGAAUUAUUUUCUUCUUGAGAAAAUCAUAAAAAUCUACCUGGAUGUUUGAGUAUUAAUGAUGAUUGAGUUUAUUUCUGUUUUGGUUUGUUUGUAUUUCAAUAAUUGAAUGACUCUGUGGUUUAUUGAUUUCCUGAUAAACAGCUGAUGUCCUCCAUACACACUAAUGACUUGUUUGAUUUCGUUGCUCAAAGGCACACUGGCAUAUCAGAUUGAAUUUGUGACUUUCAACGUCCAGUUUACUUCACAUGAUUUAAACACAAAAACACAGCGUUGUUCAGUGUGUGUGAGACCUCAGAGAACAUGUGUUUGAUUCUAUAUUAAAACCUGGUAAACACA